UCAAAUUACACAUCUCGGAAAGAAAAAAAAUCAAAUCUUUUCUCAAUCAUUUAUAGUUUUAUCUUUUGGUGAGAGAAUCCAUGGAGGUUACUCAAUAUAAUCAUUUUAAUGAAGGUUCAAGUUCUAGGGUUUCCAUGAACAAGAACUCACAAGUAAUAUCCAAGAUCAAGCCCAAGAUUCGCAUCAUCCAUAUCUUCGCACCUGAGGUCAUCAAGACCGACGUCAAGAACUUCCGUUCACUUGUUCAAAGUCUAACCGGGAAACCCCCAGCCGGAGAAGCCAAAACCGAUAAGAAGAGAGACAGAUCGAGUAUUCCGACGCCUCAAGAACCGGUUUACGGAGAUCAUCAGCCGGUUAAUAGGCUUACGGGUUUCACUGGUUUAUUAGCAAACGGAGGAGACCAUCAGGUAAAAGAAGAAUGGGGAUCUGGUGAUAGUUCUUCGAACCCAAACACCUACUUUGAUCUAGAGGGUUUGAUUCAAGAUGUAGGAGAAGAUUACUUCUCUUCAUUUCCUAUGAGAUCUUCUUCUUCUCAAGUCGAAGGUUUCAUAUUCAGCAAUAACCACAACACCAACAACAACUUCGAUACAAAAGGUCGCAAUUCGUCAUAGUUAACCAGGGUUAACUUUUAGGGUUUCUCUGACUAUGCAUUCGCAUUGGUUUGAUGAGAUCUUAUCGUUUGAAGCAAGAAAGCUAACGAAGAAAGUCAUGUUUUUGGGAACAAAGGCAUACAAGUUGUAUUUUGAAUUUGAUACAGUGAGAAAUUGAAACUUUUGGUAGACUGACUUUGCCAAGGUUGAGGGAUGUAAUGAAACGUUUGAUUUAUUGUGCAGCCCUUCUCGGAGAAGCGACUGUUUCCAAUUAAGCUGUGGUCGUCGGUCAGAAAACCCUAUUUGUGUGUAACUGCAUUUUAUAUGCUACUAGAUGUGUAAUAAUAAUUCUUUGGUGCGUGUAUGGGAUUUGAUUAUCGCCUGUAUUUUUUGGAAAAUAACUUGUAUGGUACUUAGAAGAUUG